AUGCCAAAAAAUAGCUACUCAAUUAAUAUAAUUUCAACAAACUCACUGACAACGCAAAACUCUAUUUCCGUUGAUUCCAGCCAGGAGCAAGCUAACUACGACAGUUUUUCCCAAACCCCAAACAACGCCCUCAUCAACAAUGGCCGCCCCGAACCACCCCUCAAAAAUGUUGGCGGACUUUCCCGACCUGCCCCCAAUAGCCUUGGUUCCCAGUUGAGUUUCCACGACAUCAAAUACACAAUCACAGUCAAAAAUUCGUUUUGCAAGAAGGCAGAGAAGAAAGAGAUUUUACAUGGGUUAACAGGUCUUUUCAAGCCUGGCAUGAACGCAAUCAUGGGGCCGACCGGCUGCGGAAAAACUACGUUGCUAAACAUUUUGGCUGGAAGAGCUGACGUGCAAAAGUUAGAUGGAUGCGUGUUGGUCGACGGAAUGAAACAGCCGUCAAAUUUUAGAUGCAUGGCCGGAUUUGUGGCACAGGAUGAUAUUGUAAUGGGAACGCUGACGGUCCGAGAGAACUUUAUGUUCUCAGCAAAUUUGAGACUGCCGAAAUCAAUCUCUAAAGAAGAGAAGAUAAGAAAGGUUGAUAACGCUAUUUACGAGCUUGGGCUGACUCAGUGCGCCGAUUCCAGGGUAGGAACUGAUUUAAUAAGAGGUGUAUCGGGAGGUGAGAGGAAGAGAACGAACAUAGGCAUGGAGUUGGUCAUCUCUCCUAAGGUUCUCUUCCUAGAUGAACCCACAACUGGCCUCGAUUCGAGUACUGCCUUUGCUGUUAUGUCCUUACUGAAUGUCUCGAAAUGGAAUUAUUUUGAUAUUUUUUCAAGGAUAUCAAAGAACGGUCGGACGAUAAUCUUCUCGAUCCAUCAGCCUCGAUACAACAUCUUCAAACUGUUUGAUGGCAUGCUGUUGUUGGGAGCUGGUAGGACCAUCUACCACGGACCCGCAUCUGAGACUCUUCAGUAUUUUAACUCCAUCGGUUACGAAUGCGAGGAGCACGAAAACCCUUCCGAUUUUUUUCUCGACGUAACAAACGGAGACUCAACAGCCGUCAAAGCCCUAUUCAAAAGCUCAGAUAAGAAAGAAGGACCUGACACCGAUCAUCAUGUCACGGUCCCAGGAAAAUCUCUCAUAUUUACUCUGGCGGAAGAAUUUUCAAAAAGCUCAUUGGCUGACAAAGUUUAUAAAGAAGCGAACGCCAUACACCAAAUGUACAUUACGAAACGAGCCAGUGGCGACAAAAUGAAGUACCCCGUUGUGUUAUAUGCCACGUCUUUCGUUACUCAGUUAUAUUACGUUUCCUUGCGAGCUAUCAAGAACAUCAUUAGAAACCCAUCUGCACUCAUGCUUCAAAUAACAAUCAUGUUCUUCUUUGGCCUAUUCGUCGGGUUGUUGUUUUUCAAGUUAGGAACUGACAUCAGAGGAGCUAUACAGAACAGGACGGGAGCUUUCUUCUUCAUCAUUAUGAAUCAAGUCUUUGGCAACUUAUCGAGCAUCGAGUUAUUCAUCAAAGAAAGGAGAAUUUUCCUACACGAAUGUUCUGGCGGUUUCUACAGAGUGUCCGCCUAUUUUUUCGCGAAGUACCUCUGUGACCUCUUCCCAAUGAGAAUCAUACCUCUAACUUGUUUCUGUGUCAUUGCCUAUUUCAUGGUCGGUUUCCAAAUGGAUGUUGCGAAAUUCUUCAUCUUCUACCUCUCCUACUGCCUCACCACCACGUCAGCAUCCACCAUCGGCUUUGCGGUCAGUUCCUCAACAAAGACCUUCCAAGUCGCCCACCUUACUACAACUUUCAUCUUCGUCUUCAUGCAAGUUUUUGGCGGGUUCCUCGCAAAUGUUACGACAAUGCCCAACUGGUUAAGCUGGAUGCAGUACCUUAGCAUCGUCAGAUACUCAUUAAACGCCUUGUCAAUAAACGAAUUGAAAGAUUUGGUCCUCUAUCAGAAGAACGGAUCAGCAAUUUCUGACGCGGGGGAGGAGUACUUGGCAUCACAAGGCAUCAGGUACGAAACGGCCUGGGACCUCUGGCAAAAUGAAAUGGCCAUGGCUGUCAUCAGCGUUGGAAUGCUGACCAUCGCUUACAUUCAACUUUUGAGGAGUUCGAAAAUUAGAUGAGUCUAGAACGUUUCCAUUUAGAAGUCAAUAAAUUGGUCAAUGAAUUGGUGCAUGAAUUGGUCAAUGAAUUGGUCAAUGAAUUGGUGCAUGAAUUGGUCAAUGAAUUGAUAAAUGUGGUGAAUGAAUUGAUCAAUGAAUUGGUCUACCAUAAAAACAAAAAAAUUAUGAUGAAGAUAAUAGUAAUAAUAAUAACAUUUCAUUCAUAUAGCGCCUUCUACACGGGCAUCUAAGGCGAGAAAAAUCCUUUUAAGAGUAAUAAUAAUAAUGUUAUAAUUUUGUAAAUUAUUUGAUUUGACAAUAUUCGAGAAUGUUUUGUUUUGCUAGAUUACAAACUAUGGAGUGUUUAGUGGAGUGUUUAAGACUUUAUUAAAAGUUAUUUUGAGUUUUAGUUGAAUUUUCAGAAGAUAAAACAACUAUGAACCUUGUUUCAAUUCAAUUUUUGUUAUUGAAAUUCGUUUAAAAUUUUUAUGAUCUACUUGAAAAUUGAUAAUUUAACUUUGCAGUUUUUGAAAUUAAUUACUCAGUAAUGAAGUUAUAAAAAAACAUAAUUUGUCCCAUUUUCAAAUAAUAAUUAUCAAGCCAGCAAACAAAUUUCAGCAGAAAAUGCCUAACCCUUUUUGUUCAGUUCAAUCUACAAACGAAUUUAUCAAAAAAAAAAUUCACCAUUUUAAAUAAAAAUACAAUAAUUUUUAAAAUGAUGGUUAGGAGCAAGAAAAAAAUAAUAUUGUCAUGAACAUUUUUAUAGAGCUUCAAUUAAUUACCAAGUUGUUGCACGUACAUAAGAACAAAUAAUUAACAAGGGAAUAAAACCUGGACUUAAGCAUUCAACGCUUUCAGCAGCGGAUAUUUUGCAAAAGAACCGCAGAAGUUUCCAUUGAAAUCAUCAAACGAAAGAUCCCAAGCCAUCCACCCGCCGUACUUUUUCGAAUUUGUAUAUUCCAGCUUUCUGGCAAUGCCCUUCUGGUCGUCAUAGCCGAUCCAAACAUCCCCACUGACUAAAUAGGUCACUUGUUGUUCUUCCGACCAUUUCACAAUCGUGUCGGGAUGGUUCAGAUACACGCUACAUAUCUUUAUAUAAGUCAAGACACCAGGUGUUUGGGUGUAGAGCCCAGCGGGGCACGGACCAGAGGCAGGUGCCCCAAUGCCGUUGUUGCUAGGGUCUACCAACGUGAAACAUCUACCGUAGAAUGGGAAGCCCACAAUUAUUUUUGCCGCCCCGACACCCAACGCUUGCACGUAGCUGCUGGUCCAAUUCAAAUUUUUUUCACCCUUUGAAAACAGGGGGGAAUUAUGACCCGUCACUGGGUCCCACGAGCCAUGAUAGUCGUAGGUCAUAAGCCCUAUGAAGUCUAAAUCCUUUUGGAUGAUAUCAAGUUCGUAUCCGCGGUCUAUCCGGUGUUUAUCGGCCGGGAUACAAAUAGAGAGGAGAAGGACGGGAUUUCCGGUCGUUUGGCUUUCCCGAAUGUAGGCUUCACG